AUGGCUACCAGAUCAAUUUCACUCUCAAACUUCAACAAAUCAACCCUUCUCAUACAAAAUUCUUUUGAAAAGAUUCUCAAAUCUGUACAAGAGCUUGAAACGCUUUCCCCCUCAAUCUUGUCAGUGAUACAAAUCAGAACUUUAAACAACUUCUCGAACCAGUUAGAAAAGAAACAUGAAGCCUAUGAAAAUUACCUGGAAAGAGCCUUGGAACAUAUAUCAGAAGAAUUAGAUUUGGAUGCAGUAAGUGACACUGAAGACAAACUGCGACUGCUAUUCGUCGAAGCCAAGUCUCGGAUUGAAGCCCUUCUCCAACAGCAGCCGCAAGAUGUUCCAGAAGAAAGUAAAGAUUCAACAAGAAUUAGUGACAUCUCAGCUUCAUCAUCUGCUCAUGUAAGACUCCCAAAACUAGACCUCAUCACGUUUGAUGGUUCUCCUCUACAGUGGUUAGCUGAAGACGAAGGUAAAGACUUCCCUGAAGCAGCAAAUGUCUUGCGCACUCAGACUUACGUAGACGACAUUGUAACUGGAGCAGACACGGUAGAUGAAGCAAAGAACCUUCAAAAUCAACUAAUUCAACUACUCAACCGUGGACACUUUGAACUUCGAAAAUGGACUUCAAAUUCUCCCGAGCUUCUUCAGUCUCUUCCAGACACUCAUAAAGACUCUCCAGUCUUUCUUGAAAAUACACCUGAUCCCCAUUUCUCAAUUCUUGGCCUACACUGGUCUCCAGACUCGGACAAUUUUUCAUUUCAUCUCAACCUACCGCCAAAAACACUAACUAAACGUCACGUUCUCAGUCUAGUCGCUAAAAUAUACGAUCCUUGUGGAUUUCUUAGCCCAUGUACUAUGACAGCGAAAUGUUUUAUUCAACUUCUCUGGACGACCGGUCUACAAUGGGAUGAACCUCUCACUCCAGAACUUAGUGCAAUUUGGAGUAACUUUAUCUCAGCGAUACCAGCACUUGCAGACAUUCAGAUCCCUAGAGCAUUGAAAAUCUCUCCAAAUUCUAGUGUUGAACUUCACGGCUUCUCAGACGCCUCUAAACGUGGGUUUUCAGCUGUUGUCUAUGUACGAUGUUCCCAACCCAACGGAGAAGUGACUACACGUAUGGUUUUAUCUAAAACUAGAGUCGCCCCUCUCAAGAAGGUGACUCUUCCACGAUUAGAACUCUGCGCUGCCCACUUAUUAGCUCAACUCGUAAACUUCUGUUGUUCUUCAUUCAAACCCUUAAUUUCACUCAACCAAUGUUAUUUGUGGUGUGAUUCUUCAGUAACCUUGACAUGGCUUCAAACUCCAUCUUACAGGCUGAAAACAUUCGUGGCUAACAGAGUCGCCCAAACACAAGAACUUGUCCCCUAUCACUGUUGGCGUUACAUCCCUAGCAAGGAAAACCCUGCUGAUUGUGCUUCAAGAGGUAUUCUAGCCACUGAGCUUGUGUCUCACCCCCUUUGGUGGUCAGGGCCUUCUUGGCUUUCUCUUCCCCCUUCAAACUGGCCUGAUGUAACUUUUUCACCUACAGAUAUCUCAACAUUAGAUGAAGUAAAACACACUCCUAUAACUGUACUUGUGUCAACUACCACUGAAUCUACGCUGACCAAUCUUCUCAUUAAAUAUUCUUCAUGGGAACGACUUCUUAGGAUUUUUGCUUACGUCCUUCGUUUCAUACACAACUGUAAAGGUUCUGAAAAACGCCAAGGUUUCAUCUCAACACAGGAACUGAAAGACACAAAAUAUCACAUUUUUAAACUUGUACAAAAAGAAGUAUUCACAGAAGAAAUCAACUGCCUCAAACGGAAAUCAUUUUGCUCCACUCGUUUACAACGUCUUUCACCUUUCAUUGACUCAUUUGGAUUAUUGCGUGUUGGAGGACGUCUUUCUCAGACAUCACUUCCUGAAGAUGCUCGACAUCCCAUUAUUCUGCCAAAAAAGCAUCAUGUGGUAAAUCUCCUCAUUGACCACUACCAUAUCUACAAUCUUCAUUCAGGCCCUCAGCUUACUCAAGCAUUACUUUACAAACAUGUUUGGAUACUGUCUGCCCGUUGUGCCAUACGCUCUCGUAUCCAUAAAUGUGUCAGAUGUUUCAAAGUCAAACCUAGAAAUGUGUGUCCUCUCAUGGCUGAUCUCCCUCAGUCUCGUGUAACUCCUGCUCGACCUUUCCUCCACACCGGCAUAGAUUAUGCAGGGCCUUUUACUGUUAAAAUCUUCAACCUCAAGGCAGUGAGACACAUAAAGUCAUACUUUUGUACUUUCAUCUGCCUCGUCACGAAAGCUGUACAUUUGGAAGUAGUAACAGACCUAACGACUGAAUCUUUCAUUGCUGCAAUGACUCGAUUUGUAUCUCGCAGAGGACAUUCUUCCGACAUUUACUCGGAUUGUGGGUCCAACUUCAUUGGUGCUGACUCUACCCUACGCAAGAUUGUUGAAAAAUCUCUUUAUUGUCAAGACUCCAAACGGAAGAUUCAACGAUUCUCUUCACUUAAAGGCAUCAAUUUUCAUUUUAAUCCACCAGCCGCUCCGCAUCAAGGAGGAUUGUGGGAAUCGUCUGUAAAGAAUGUGAAACAUCAUCUCCGUCGAGUAAUGGGAAACUCAGUCUUAACACUCAUUGAAUUCAUCACAUUGUUGACCCAAAUCGAAGCAAUGCUCAAUUCCCGACCACUGACACCUCUUUCAAAUGAUCCUUCGGAUCUCGCAGCACUGACUCCCGGACACUUCCUGAUUGGUGCACCCCUCACAGCAGUACCUGAACCUAAUCUCCUGACAGUUCCUGAAAACCGUCUCAAGCAAUGGCAGCUAGUUCAAGCAUUUCAUCAACGCAUAUGGCAUAGAUGGCACCUAGAAUACUUAAACAACUUGCAACAACGUACCAAGUGGACUCGGAAAUCAAAAAAUCUUGAAGUGGGUGACCUUGUUCUGGUACAUAUGGACUCACCACCUCUCUCGUGGCCUCUCGCUCGAAUUACAGCAGUUCAUCCAGGGGCUGAUGGGGUUGUGCGAGUGAUAGACUUAAAAACAUCAAGUGGCAACCUCAGAAGAUCUGCCCACAAAGUGUUUCCCCUGCCAACUGUGGAUUCGUGA